AUGCCUCCCAAAACCGCGAACCUCGAGGAGGGUGACCCAACCUUCAAGUUCGUCUUCAGCGUCCUGAAACACUGCGAGCAAGUAAAGCCUGCCUGGGAAAAUGUUGCGAAAGAGAAUGGUUUCGGAUACGCCAGGAAUGCACAAGCCAAAUUCAAAGGCAUUGUUGAAAAGCAUGGUUUCAAGCUCGAAGGAGGUCGAAUCAUGGGCCCCGGCGAGGACGACGUCGCUACUCCAGCCGGCAAGAUUGCUGGCAGUACUAGUGUCAAGACUCCCAAGACCCCGAAGACUCCCAAAUCGGCUGCAACUGCAGGCAAACGGAAAGCUUCGGAGAUGACUGGAGAUGUUGCGGCUGAAACCCCGACCAAGUCAGCUGCGAAGAAAAAGAAAGCUGCCCCGGAAAGAGAAGUAAAGGUUGAAGAUGGGGGGGAUGAUGACGCCACCAAUGGAGCUGCCAGGGUCACUGCCUCUUAUCCGAAGAAGAAGUCUGUUGCUGCCACCACGUAUGGACUUGCCAUCAAGAAGGAUCAAGGAGCUGGAGACCUCUCGGGUCUUGGUCUCGACGUCAAGACCGAAGAACAAGAUGAGGAUUAG